AUGGAUGCUGAAACCAAACCAGAGAUGGAUGCUGAAACUGACGCAGCAAAGAUUAAGGAAGACGAGGAGAUCAGCAAGAUGAACAUCAAAGCCUUCAGUGACUUGAUGAUCAGCAUGAAUACUGACACGGCAGAAGGAAAGGUUGCUUUCAAUUUGGUAGCAGGAAGCAGAGACAAAGUCAACUACCCAAAAGGAAACGCGAAAGAAGCAUGGGACAAGUUGAAGGAUGAGUAUGAGCCAAAGACGAUCACCUCGUACAUCACGAUGAAGAGCAAGCUAAACAAGUGUCACCUUGAGAAGUUUGCUAAUCCAGCUUCGUGGAUCACCGAACUCAGCAAGAUUUGUGUCUGUUUGGAAGAGAUGAAGCACCCAGUAAGUGAAGAGGACCAAUUCAUUCACAUCAUUGGAAGUUUGCCUUUGAAGUACAGACAAGAGCAAAAGGACUUCGAGAAAAUGAUGAAAGCAAACACACUCACCAUUAAGUACAUCAAGGAAGAACUGAAUUCUGCACACGAGGACUUUGCCAAUGCAACAGAAGGUGAUGACGACGACGAAGACAAAGAAGACAAAGAUGUCGCUUUGGUAACUGGUCAAUUCAAAGGCAACUGCAACAACUGUGGAAAGUAUGGACACAAGAAGCUAACUUGCCCUGAACUAACACAAGCGACACGACAAGGAGGCGAAAGGAAGCAGAACAACGGUGGCAGACAUCGAUACAAUGGAGGUGGACGAGGAGCUUUCCUUGGAACCUGUUUCCACUGUGGUAUCAGAGGCCACAAGAAGCAUGAAUGCAGAAGAAACCCAGAGAACCGAAACAACGGCACCACUGGCAACAAUGGUAACAACAACAACAGCAACAACAACGAUGAUGAUGACGACAAUGUUGCUGAGGUAAUGCUGAUGGCAACAGAGACACUUAUUGCCCCAGCGGAGCCAACACAGAAAAAUAACUUUUGGUUUGAGUGGAAUGAAGAAUGCAAAGAGAGUGAUUAUGAAGAUGAAGAAGUAGAUGAUGAAGUGAUCGUGCAUACUAUCAUGGAAGAUCCAAACGACAAAGUUCACGAGCACGGAAAUUUCCUUCACGAUGAUUUCUUUGAUAAUAUUAUGGCAAACUUUGGACAAAAUGAUUGCGACGCGAAAAACGACGAGACACUCCACGCGACAAAGCCUACAAGUGAAUACGCUUGUGUCACCGAAGAGGUUGACUUCAAACGCUAUUCUGAUGUUGACGGAUCUGGUACCUACAAUUAA